UCGAACGCGGCCAACACAACGCCUUUCCUGCUCGCACAAAGGGGACCAAACGUGCCCCGCGCCCCUUGCAAGUGAACUUUCCAUCUUUUUUUCAAGAAAAACUCACACAUCCCUGCAGCUACGGGAGUCGAGCUGCUUGAGUGCCGCGGAGGAAACUUUCCUCGUUUCCGCCCGGGCGCCGGGUUGCCGGGCCCGACUGUCAAGCGCAGCGGAGAGGCGGGGACCCCAGGAAGACCCCCGGCGCCCCGCCGAGCCCAGGCUGGGGACCACUCACCCGACUUCUGAACGUGCGGUGGGAUCGUGCUGGCGAUACGCGUCCACAAGACGAUGUGCAGCGGCCACAGGCCCCUGAGCAGCCCCCGACCCAUGGCAGACCCCGCUGCUCGUCAUAGACCGAGCCCCGAGCGCAGCGGACGGCGCCUUCCCAGACCCCUGGCUGCGUCUCCGCGCCGCGCCCUCUCCGGACCCCGCGCCGGGCCGGCCGCGCAGAUGUGCGGGCCAGAUGUGGCGCCCGCUCGCCAGCCAGGAGGGGGCCUGGAGGCCGGCGAGGCGCGGGGAGGCCCCCGGCGGCCGAGGGAAGCUGCACAGGAGGCCGGCUCCUGUCCCGAGCGGGUGCACGCGCGGGGGUGUCGUCGCUCCGUGCGCGCGAGUGACUCACUCAACUUCAACUCAGCGCUGCGGGGGAAACAGGAAACUCCUCGCCAACAGCUGGGCAGGACCUCUCUCCGCCCGAGAGCCUUCUCCCUCUCCUCGACGUCCAGCCCCUAGCUCUCUCGUAGCUGCCAAUCAUGUUUCCUAGACCAGCCCCUCCGAGCGCUUUAGCCGACUUUCAGUUGCCCCUCACCGCCUUCCCACACCACUCAGGAGUUCCUCGCGCCAAGUAUUUACUCAAGAGUGACUAAGUGCACGCAGUUCACAAAGUAACAACAGAAAACGUCCACGUUUUCCCUGGUAGAUCAGAACAUCUGCCGCUUCCCCUCAGCUUUCUUCAGAUUGCUCCUAGGUGCUUUAGAGAUGCGUUUUCAAAUUACACGUUGAGAUCCAGGAGUGAAUACUCAAAUCUAUUGAGUCGUGAGCACAUUUCUGUCCCAAAUAAAAUAGUAACGAUAUGUCCUGAUUGGAUAAUAAACUGUGUGAUCAACCUACUUCCCGCUCUCAAAGAUAGGAUUCUGUACAGCCCUCUGGUGAGUAGAUCUUCCAGCAAUUCGUUUAAUGAAUUCCUUUACCUGAGAGAAAGAUUGCAGAGGCAAGGGUUUGUGCCAGAGUCUCCAGGGAAUAAAGGUAAAUAGCACUCCCCCAAACCCAGCUCCCAAAAUCUGACAUUCUAAGAGUUCAUGUGCUUCAUCCUGGAAUUUUAACUCUUGCUCCACCUAGCACCUGAGCUGCCUCUGGAUGUUCUGCCACUUCCCAGCACUCAUGUUUAAGAUGCAGAAAAUGCAGUGAACUUAAAGUAUUUAAAAAAAAAAAAAAAUCAGAAAAACAAAAACAAAAAAAAAAAAAAGAAAAGAAAAUGCAGUGAA